AUGUCAUCUGUUUCGCAGCAGCUGCUUCUCCUGCUGUUCUGCUACUAUUCUGCCGCUGCUCGUGCUGAAGCCGUCUGCGCCGAGCAACCAGCGACUCCGUCGUCGUCCAGUGGACCCACGGUGCCGCUAAACCACCGGUAUGGCCCGUGCUCGCCGGCGCCGUCCACGGUGGAGCCGACCAUGGCGGAGCUUCUCCGCGCCGACCAGCUCCGGGCCAAGUACGUGCGACGGAAGUUCUCUGGGACCGACGGGCUCCAGCCAUUGGAUCUCACCGUGCCGGCCGAUCUGGGACUCGCCCUGGGCACGCUGCAGUACGUGAUCACCGUCGGCAUCGGCUCCCCUGUCGUGACCCAGACCAUGAUGAUCGACACCAGCGGCGACGUGUCGUGGGUGCACUGCCGCUCCCCGACCGGGUCGACGCUCUUCGACCCCAGCAAGUCGACCACCUACGCCCCCUUCUCCUGCAGCGCCGCGGAGUGCACGCAGCUCGGCAACAAGGGCAACGGCUGCUCCAACUCAACGUGCCAGUACGUUAUCGAGUACACUAACCAGCCGAACAACACCGGGACGUACGGCUCCGACACGCUGAUGCUGAGCUCCUCCGACACGGUCGAGAACUUCCAGUUCGGUUGCAGGCAGGACGAGGCGGAGGUGGAGGACAGCAUGGACGGGCUCAUGGGGCUCGGCGGCGACGUGCAGUCGCUCGUGUCGCAGACGGAGGCGACCUACGGCAAGGCCUACUCAUACUGCCUCCCGCCGACCAAUGCCACGUCUGGAUUUCUCACGCUCGGCGGGCCGAACGACACGUCGGGCUUCCUCUCGACGCCGAUGAUCAGAUGGGAACAGGUGCCGACGUUCCAUGGCGUGCUCCUGCAGGACAUAGUCGUGAACGGGACGCAGCUCAACAUACCGCCUUCCGCCUUCGCCGCCGGGUCGUUGGUGAGCUCCGGCGCGUACAUUACGCGGCUGCCGCCGGCGGCGUACACGGCGCUCAAGACGGCGUUCAAGGCCAGCAUGACGCAGUACAAGACGAUGCCGGCCAGGAGCAUACUGGACACGUGCUUCGACUUCACAGGGCUGGAGCUGGACAGCAUCACAGUGCCGGACGUCGCGCUGGUGUUCGACGGCGGCGCGGUCGUCAACCUCGACCGUAGUGGGGUCGUCAUCGGCAACUGCCUCGCGUUCGCUGCCAGCACCAACCCCAGCGGCAUCCCCAGCGUCAUCGGCAACGUGCAGCAGCGGACGCUCGAGGUGUUGCUCAACGUCGGCCAGAGCGUCGUUGGGUUCCGGCCAGGCGCAUGCUGA